GGCUGCUCCGCUCCUCCUCCUCCUCCUCCAUCCCCGGCGGCCGAGCGGCCGGGCCGGGCCAGGGCGGCGGCGGCACGUGCGCGGACGGGAUGGAGCUGGAGGAGCUGGGCAUCCGCGAGGAGUGCGGCGUGUUCGGCUGCAUCGCCGCGGGCGCCUGGCCCUCGGAGCUGGACGUGCCUCAUGUCAUCACGCUGGGGCUGGUGGGGCUACAGCACAGGGGCCAGGAGAGUGCCGGAAUCGUGACAAGUGAUGGAGAAUCAGCCCAGGCAUUCAAAGUGCAUAAGGGAAUGGGUCUUAUUAAUCAUGUGUUCAGUGAAGACAGUCUGAAGAAGUUGUAUGUUUCAAACCUUGGAAUUGGCCACACAAGAUACUCUACUUCGGGGAUCUCGGAAUUGCAGAACUGUCAGCCUUUCGUUGUAGAAACGCUUCAUGGGAAGAUUGCUGUGGCACACAACGGUGAAUUAACAAAUGCUGUAAGACUUAGGAGAAAGCUGAUGCGACAUGGUGUGGGGCUGUCAACAAGUUCUGACAGUGAAUUAAUCACCCAGCUGCUGGCAUUUACCCCUCCCCUAGAGAAUGAUGAUACAGCUGAUUGGGUAGCAAGAAUUAAAAAUUUAAUGAAUGAAACCCCUACUUCAUAUUCAUUGCUACUUAUGCAUAAAGAUAUAAUCUAUGCAGUACGUGAUCCUUAUGGGAAUCGUCCACUUUGCAUCGGCCGUCUCGUUCCAGUAGGUGACAUGAAUGGAAAAGGGAAGGAUAACAGGGAAACAGAAGGAUGGGUGGUCUCCUCCGAAUCCUGUAGCUUUUUAUCUAUUGGUGCAGAGUAUUAUCGUGAAGUCCUACCUGGAGAGAUUGUGAAAAUAUCCAGAUAUGAUGUCCAAACACUUGAUGUUGUGCCAAGACCUGAAGGAGAUGCCUCAGCAUUCUGUAUAUUUGAAUAUGUUUAUUUUGCAAGGCCUGACAGCAUCUUUGAAGGUCAAAUGGUUUAUUCAGUUAGGAGAAGAUGUGGUCAGCAGCUUGCUAUUGAAGCACCAGUGGAAGCAGACCUGGUUAGCACUGUUCCAGAAUCUGCAACACCAGCAGCAUUGGGUUUUGCACAAAAGUGUGGACUGCCGUACAUUGAAGUACUCUGUAAAAAUCGAUAUGUGGGAAGAACUUUUAUUCAGCCAAAUAUGAGGUUGAGACAGCUUGGUGUGGCAAAAAAAUUUGGAGUCCUGUCUGACAACUUUAAAGGCAAACGAGUAGUUCUCAUCGACGACUCUAUUGUGAGGGGCAAUACUAUCUCGCCCAUUAUCAAACUGCUUAGGGAAUCUGGUGCUAAAGAGGUGCAUAUCCGUGUGGCUUCACCUCCUAUACGAUUUCCUUGUUAUAUGGGAAUAAAUAUUCCAACAAAAGAAGAACUCAUUGCAAACAAACCUGAAUUCCAUGAUCUUGCAAACUAUAUAGGAGCAGACAGUGUGGUUUAUCUUUCUGUUGAAGGCUUGGUGUCAUCUGUGCAAGAAAGUAUUAAAGCCAGGCAAGAAAAUGAAAACCACCUUAAAACCAACAAGUCGCGUGUUGGAAAAAUUGGUCAUUGUAUAGCAUGUCUCACUGGAGAAUACCCUGUAGCGCUCGAAUGGUGAAAUUUUAAUGCACAAGCAACCAUGCUAAACCAUGGUUUUACCUAAUAGCAUAUAACAUUCUCUUAGGUUUAGCAAACCACUUGAGGCCUAUUAUGUCUGUCUGAUUGCUGUAACUGAAAUAAAUCUUUACAGUUGUCCAAUAACUUCUUGGUGAUAACCAUAUAAGUACCUAAAUGGAGAAAAUAUAAAAUUAGGCAGAUCUGAUUAACAGCAUUGCCUUUUUGACAUGUGACAUUGUAUAAACCAAAAUAUUUUCAAAUACAUAGCUGUUCCAGCUGAACAGUUUUUUUUAAACCUUG